AUUUUGCCGGCCGUGGCGUGGUGACGGUUGACGCUUCGCGAGCUCUCGCCUUAAGUUUGAACCGGGGUCCGAGCGUCUGCGCGCCGCUGUCGGUUACCCAGAGAGAGAGAGAGAAGGGAAGCGGUCGACGGGGGCGAAAAGGCGCGGUGGUGUGAGUUUUUUUUAGAAAAUGGCAGUCAACGUUUAUUCUACAUCUGUGACCAGUGACAACUUAAGUCGACAUGACAUGCUGGCGUGGAUUAAUGAUUCUCUUCAAUUGAACUUCACAAAGAUUGAACAAUUGUGCUCAGGUGGAGCAUAUUGUCAGUUUAUGGACAUGCUUUUUCCCGGUUGUGUUGGAUUGAAGAAAGUGAAAUUUCAAGCCAAACUGGAACACGAAUACAUUCAUAAUUUUAAGCUUUUACAAGCAGCUUUUAAAAGAAUGGGCGUUGACAAAAUAAUCCCUGUUGAUAAAUUAGUAAAAGGAAAAUUUCAAGAUAAUUUUGAGUUUGUCCAGUGGUUCAAGAAAUUCUUUGACGCAAACUACGAUGGUAAAGACUAUGAUCCUAUACUUGCACGGCAAGGUCAGGAUGCAGGACCACCACCCAAUCAUGGUGACCAGGUUUUCAACAAAUCUAAGAAAACACUUGGAGCAGCGAGCACGGUCUCAGUUGGUCCAAAAGUCACUGUAACCUCAAAGGUUGGAGCAGCCCCAAAACCUGUAUCUGUGGCUCCUAAAAGGCCUGGAAUGGUGGGAAACGGAGACGGACAAGUUGCAGAACUUGCACAGCAGAUCAACGUGCUGAAAGCAACUGUUGAAGAUCUUGAGAAAGAAAGAGAUUUUUACUUUGGAAAACUGAGAAAUAUUGAAUUAAUCUGCCAAGAAAAUGAACCAGACAAUGAUCCAGUGCUGCAGCGAAUUGUGGAAAUUUUGUAUGCUACAGACGAGGGAUUUGCUGUACCAGAUGUUGCCGACGAACAGCCAGAAGAGCAAGAGGAAUAUUAAACGUGUUGCUUGGGUGCAGCACACCUAUGGUUGAAAUAUCCUCUUGGAAUCGUAUGCUUUGUGCACACGCAUAAAGGAAAAGACACUCUUAUUUUCUGUAAAGUCGGAAGAGCCUUGUUUGUAAUUUUGUUAGUGUCAGCAAAAUUAAAAUGUACCUCUCUAAAUAAGUGCACUUUGCAGAAGUUUCAGUCCAUAUUUUUAAAGAAUAUAUCUGGCUGCUUUUGGCAUCUCAGCAGCAUUAGCCGUGGAAGUGGAAAUUCUGCACAGUCCUGCAGAGUGCUAUUAUGAUAUCUUGAUGCUUUUGCCACCACUAAAAGCAGACAUGCUCUUGGACAGUGUUAAAACAGAGGUUGAUGAUGGAACGAUCACUGCAUGAAAAUGACUGUAAAUUGCACUGUAACAGAAAGUGUAUAGAAUGGUUCAGAUCUUUAUACAUUAUCAGUUGUAUGUUGAUAGUAAUAGCGUGUCCUAAAAUGUUGUGUGUAUGUGGCGAGCCAAUUUAUUUGACGUGCAAGGAAUCAGUUGAGAAAUGCCCUGCAUGAAUUUUGUAUGGAGAAAUUGACAUGAAUCAACUGCAGGAAAUUAAUGUGGUGCCAAAAGUCCCGCUGCCUAUUGUAGUUGUAACUGCAGCGGUGAAAUAUUUCCUGAAUUCUUCUGUGGCCUUUUUUUUUGUUGCUGCCCUAAGACUUCAGGAUGCUGUCAGAAAAAUCCAAUUUGGUCUUAAACUACAGGGUGUUUUUUUUUCUAUUGAAAUCAAUUUCUACUACUAAUAAAGUUUGAUAUUUCAACAAAU